AUGUCAAAGGACACAUUUGACGGAAUUCCUUAUGAUAACUUUACCGAUAAAGAGGUCAUAGAUAAACAUGCUUCCGUAGAGGUGACUCGUGCUUACUGGAAAAGUGCCGAAAAAACUGUAGUAUUAAAGACAUUAAUUGGAAACCCUUUUUUGGAUAGCGGAUCCUCCAAGAAUUUCUUCGACGAGUUAAAGUUAAUUCGUUUGGUCAAUGUUCACGAUAACAUUAUUCAAUUCUUCGGUGUAAGUCAAGGCACUCCUGAGGGAUAUCGACGCCUUUACGAACAGGCUUGGGAUAAUGACCCAGCCAGUCGCCCAACGAUAGAACAGGUCCGAUAUAGUUUGGAUAGAAUGCUGGGCAUUGACUCGUCACCGCCGUUACCACCACCGCCACGCAUUCCUCCAAUAGAGGAUACCCCACCCGAAAUUCCAAGUAAACAACCGAUCCCUCGACAAUAUUCUCUCCAGCCUCCUGCAAAAAACGUUCUCUCUGAAUGCAAACCCACAAAUAAUAUUCGCGAACCUGAUGGAAGUCCUACCUUGAACCCUCCGCCGAAACCAAAGAAACCUGAGAAACUCGACGCUCCAAAGAUACCGCCGAAGCCACCUGGUGUUAUUGCGGCAAGCGUUCCUAUUCAUCAUCCUGGAAUCACCAAUCAAAAUCAGAGAUUCUCUUAUCCCAUAAACAUUCACCAUUCAAAUGAUAACGCAAACACUAGUCGUCGCAAUACUUUCACCUCUUCCAAUGUUAAUAAUAACGCAGGUGUUCCGCAAGGGCCCACUACACCCUUACAGUCGAAUACUCAAUCAAAUUUUCAAAAUCGAACUUCUUCAGACCCACACGUUGACGCUGACAGAAAUAUUGUGACACCCGGCCGGGGCAUGAGCGGCGUAUCACCGCAAAUCCCUUUUCGCGAAAAUAAUGUGGGGACAAGUCAAGCAUAUGUGCAUUCAUCACCGAAUACACCACCAACUUUCAUUGUCAAUGAACCGACAUCCGCUAAUCGAAAUGCUGUGACCAAUCGUGCAAUGGCACCAAACAUUCCACCAAAUAAACCCAAAAGACCGAUUAUUCAACCACAGUUCGUCUCGACCCCUCUAUUCAAUGACCCUAAUCAGUACGUUAAUUCCCAGCAAAGACAAGAUCAAUCGACCCCCGUAAGGCAAAUCGAUCAUACGAACCAGGAAAAUUUCGCGAACCGUCAGUCGCCUUCAUCCAGUCUGCAAUUUCCUCAACAUAACCAGGGAAUUCCGAGUCCCCAACAAAAAGUUCAAUAUAACCAGCCUUCAGAUAUGACAGUUCCAGGUCUUCCAUCCGGUCAACAAUUUUCUGGGAAUUUCAGCAACGUUGAUCAGCGUAGCCCAGGGAUUCCGAGUCCUCAACCACAUACUCAAUACCAACAAUCUUCAAACAUGGUAGAUCCACGACUUUCAAGCAUUCAACGAGAAGUUUCUGCUUCAAUUCAAAACCCAAAUCAGAAUAUUUUGACUAUGGGUGCUGGCAUUCAACAAUCAUUGGGUCCACAAUUCAGUAGUCACCAAAACUUCGAUCAAGGAAUCACAGGAAGUUCUCGGCAGGAAUUUUUUGUUUCGGCUCAAAACCAAAACCCGAUCAUUGGACCAAAUUCGAUGGCGAGUAUUAACAAUCAACCGCCCAAUCCGACAAACCAAAACCCGAAUAUUGGACCAAAUUCUAUGGCGAAUAUUAACAAUCAACCGCCUAACUCGACGGGUCCAAAUUUUGCAAAUUUCAAUUCAAGUCCACAAUUCGCCGUUAAUAACGAUCAAAAUUUUAGUCCAGGGGUUCCGUAUCCCCGGCAUGAGUUUUCAAUGCCAGUCCAGCAUCAACAUCAGUAUGGGAACAUUAGAGGUGCAUAUCCAGCGGCGAAUUUUGGCAAUCUAAAUUUUCAACAGUACGAUGGCAAUAAUUUUAACCCCAAUGUCGAUGCAACGAAUUUUAACGACCGCCACUCGACCUCCAACUACACGGAUGCGCUUUCUCCAGGCCAACCAUUCCCAGGAAUCGUUAACUACAAUGAUACCAAUCAAAAUUUCGACCCCGGAAAUCCAUCACAACUGAUUCCACCCCCAAAUCAAUCAUAUCAAGAUGCCCAAAAUUCGAACAUAUAUAAUCAACAAUAUGCGCCAAGUUAUGCUGUCUCGGGUCAGACUGGUCAGCCCGAUAAUCACUAUACGGAAAUCAAUUCCAAUUAUGAUUCGCAACAAUCUUAUGCGCAAAUGCCCCACUACGGUUCGUAUGUUUCUCAAAAUCAAGGUUCUCCUGAUGAACAUCCGGGAGAAAAAAAUUCCGUUAAGGAAGGUAAGGACCCACAAAUGGAGGCGCAUUGUCAAGAGAUAAUAGAACGUUACAACAAAGAGUAUGAGAAUGAUCAUGGUUACGAAAUUCCCGAUGCGUGCAAUGCAGGAUAUCACUGCGGCUUUGGUGACGAGAGAGGGCUAAUCUACCACCUUAACAUUUUCGGCAGAGCUAACAGUGCGUUUAAGUUUGGAGGAAACGAAUCUCUUCCAUUAGUGUUGAUCGCCGCGAAAAAUUGCAGUGGAAAAAAGAUGAUCACAAUUUUUCAAUGCCUCAAAGAAAGAAAUGCUGAUUUUAGUGUGACAUCGAAGUCAGGGAAAACGGCAUUCCAUCUUCUGAUUGAUAACAAACAACUCCGCAAGAAUAUAGCCGAAAAGGAGACGGCCGCAAAAUUUCAAGCCCAUAUUAAAAAGAUAGUUGAAUUCCUUGUGGAUAAUAAAUGUGACAUUAACGCGAAAGAUAAUAGUGAUCGAACAAUUUUAUCGUAUUGUUUAACUGAAAGAUACAACCAUAAAGAAUUAAUCCCCUUCAUUUCAUCCUUGUUGAAACAUGGGGCGAAUCCGAAUCUCCCAGCAUAUGUAAUGUCUACAAAUGGCAAGUUCCACGCGCCUAACGCUUUGUUCUUGGCCGUAGAGUUUUGCUGGCCCGUCGAGGUAUUAACAUUAUUAUCUAGUUAUAAAACCAACAAAGAUGAGGUAAACAAUGAUGGCAAGAAUCUAUUAUCUUUGGUUGGGAAGGGAGAAAAGAGGAAGAAACAAACAGAUGUGUCGCGUUGGGUGUUGGAUAAUUGUAAGAGCAAAUGA